GAGAAACACUCCUAACUCAUCUUCCCCCCUCUCCCCCCCCACCAAAAAAAAAGGAAAACAAGGUCUGUAGGAUUUUGUGGUAUUUAUGUUUCUUUCUUGACAAGGUCUGUAGGAUUUUUUAAAUAUAUAACAUGGGUUACAUUAUCAUUAAUACACAUGGAUUAUUAAAAUUUUAAGAGUAAAUUCCCUAAAUAGUCUUUUAUAACAAAGAUAUUUCCCAAUAUAGUCCUCUGUUCUAAAAAUAUUCUUUCCGUGGUGCUCAAUAUUUGAAAUCAUUCCAUAUUCCGUCCUUUUGAGGAAAAGUUUCCAAAUAUAGAGGACCAUGAAGGGAAUAAUUUUUUCCACAUUUUUGCUCAAAAAGUCAAAAGGAUUGUCUAUGGAAUGAUUUCAAAUAUAGAGGAAGAGAAUAUUUUGAAAUAGAGGACUAUAUUUGGAAACAAGCAUGUUAUAAAGGACUAUAUAGGAAAUAUACUCAAAUUUUAAUUACAAAAAAUUACGGAGCAUAUAAAAAACUCUUUUUACAUAUUUUUCCAAAAUACUACCUGUGCACUACUUCAUUGACCAACCAUAUACAGAGUAUUUUUAAACCACCUUCGUUUUUCGUCCGCACUACUUCCCUCUUUUCUUAUCCUCUCCACUCUAUUGAACCAAACAAGUGCUAUGUGGGUGCUUCCAUAGACCUGUGAUGCAUUUAUUGUCCAACACUUCCUAGAACACUUCUUAGAAUGAACUCCCCUUGUCCCAAAAAUGGCUCUUGGCUUGACUUGGCAAAAAAUUUAAGGAAAGUGGAAAAGCGUGGUUGAAAAUGAUGCAGAGAAGAGAGAAAGAUCGAGAGCCACUCAAAGUUUUCCAAAAAAGGAAAGGAGAGUCUUUUUUGGGACGUCUCAAAAAGGAAUUAAAGAGUUUUCUUUUUGGGAUGGAGGGAGUAAGAAACAAGGAAAGUUUAAUGUACCAUUUUGGGUUAGUCCAUCAUUUACCCGAAGCUAAAACAUUGUUUAAAAUGACUAUUUUAGCUCCAUUGGCAAUGGAUGCUAACAACUCCCAACAUAAAAGGUACGAGUAUUUAUUUACUUAGGUAUCUAUUGUUUUGUUUGACAGCCAAACAAAAAUAAAUAAGCCAUGCAGCGUGUAGAUGUUAUAGUCCUACUUGUGUGGGUAAUGUUGAGGUAGUGCUGGCUGUUAGAUAUUUACGCAGGAGUCUUUGAAGUUUAAGGCCCACAUUGUAUGUUAAUUGUCUUGCUUCAGAAUAAGAAUUAACUCCUUUCAGUGUCAAUAUGAAGAGGAACUCAAAUCAUUGCAUAUGAAAUUAUGCACGAUGGUUGCUGGGUGACCAGAUUAUUUCUUCGUACUUUUGCUUGACAUUAUGCUUUAUGCCAUAACCAUGAUUUUGAAAAUCAGGCCAGACCGGCUGAAGGGGUAACCUUCCAGGUAUCCAGUCUGGUUAUCAUCAACUCAACUUAAAAAUUUGCUUUUGAUGUUAUAUGGUUGAACUUAUGCUCUUUUUGUAGUGUUUUGAACUUUUGAUAAUCAGAGUUAUUAAUAGUCAAACCUCCGAACUAUUUCCAACAGCGUCCACCCGGCUCUGGUCGCCUGGUUGAAUUUAUGCUCUUUUUGUAAUGUGUAUAUGCAUGAGUGUGUGUAUAACUGUAUACUCACAGACAUGGAUAAUAUCAGUUAAAACCAGUUGAACCACCUCCUAACUAUAAGCAUUUCUGUCUCAAUGUUUUGUCCGAGUUAUUAACACCAUGAAUUGACAGAAUGUUGGCAAGCCCACUCUCUUGAUCGUGGAAUGUAUUUUCUAUGUCAUUAGAGUUUCCACUUUUUUAUUGGAUAUUACUUCUCCUGUCUGCAAUUGAUGGAAUCCAGGGCCAUAUUCAGACUCUUACCACUCCACUGACAUGAUUUUUACAUUUUCUAUUUUGUAUCGUCUGACAGAUAAUGCAAUCAUCAUCACAUAGAGGUGGUCGGGGAGGCAGAAGGGGUGGGCGGGGAGGCGGUCGUCGAAGUCAGCCUCAGAGUCGUCCAUCAGCAGCACCUCCGGGUCCGGUGCAGCCCCCACCUCGCAUGGCAUGGUGCGAACUCUGUAGGGUUGAGUGCAACACCCUCGAAAUCCUGGAGCAGCACAAGAGUGGAAAGAAACACCAAAAGAAUGUCAAGGUUCAACAAGAGUUGCAGAGAGCCAUGGCUGCUAAAGCUUCUCAAGCUCAGGCAACAGAGGAAGGAUCUUCUGUGCCCCCACCUGCAGUGGAGAAUGCCGCCGUCAAUGGAGGAGAAGGUCAAGGGAGUGGGCAGAAGCGCAAGAUGAGAGGUGGCGGACGAGGUGGAGGGGGAAAGAGCUCUAGAAGAAAGCUGAACGAACCACCUAAACCCAAAGGAGGGCACAUUCCUCUGAUAUGCGAGCUCUGUAACGUCACCUGUGAGACACAGCUUGUUUUCCAAACCCAUCUGAAGGGGAAGAAGCACAUAGCAAACCGCAAGCGCUUUGAGGAAUCAGAAGCCGUGCUUGGACAUGCGGCAACUCAGGCAUUAUAUCCAGCUCUACAACCCAUUCUCCCUGCAAUUCCACCGGAUCCUCAAUCUAAUCAUCUCCCAGGAGGAGGAGGCCAGCAGGACUUACCGUUGGUCUUCAAUCAUGUCCCACCAACAGUGACACCGGUAGCAGCAGAGCCUGCAGUGGCUUUGAUGAACACCACCACCACCACCACCACUCCUACCACCGCGUUGAUUACACCUGAGGGUGACAUCCUCCAGAGAUUUUCCUCCUAAUAUUCUUCAAUGUGAGCUUGCCAGCAGAUGGAGUCAGUGCAGUGGGGGCACCCUGAAGCAGUAGUUAUUGACUGUCCCGAGUGAGCCUCUUUUGAAAUAAUGAUUUACCGUUUUGUUCCUGAAAACUAUGAACCUCUUGCGUACUUAUUUGGCAAAGAAAAGGGACAUAACCCUAUUUCAUUAACAUUUAAUCUACCAAAUAACUUUUAUUCUAGAUU